ACAAAAUUAAUAAUAAAUAUUUAAAUGAUAAAGAAAUAAAAAAAAUUAAUUUACUUGCCGAAAAUUUCUCAAGUACAAAUUUCAGUUGUCAUUGAGAUUAGACGGUUAAGAUAGAGGAUAAAGUAAGCAGAAAGCAUUAGAAUGGUUCAUCAAAAUAUUUUGAAAUCGUUGGAACAUAAAAGUGAAGCUACCAAGGCUAGAUUGCCUUAUCCCGUGAAAAUAUAUUCAACUGAGGGUAAAAAUAUUCCUUUAAAGAAAAAUUGGUCUCAGACUUGGUGCACUUUACCCGCACAUUUUGAUAAAGUUUUUGAUGAAAUUUUAAAUUUUGAACUGCGUAAAGAUGAUGUCUUUGUGGUUACAUUUAUGAAGUGUGGAACUACUUGGAUGCAGGAAUGUGCCUGGUUGUUGUUGAAUAAUUUAGAUUUUGAAAAGUCCAAAGAGGCAGCUGUUAUGAUCAGAAGUCCAUUUAUAGAGUAA